AUGGCUGCCAGAGCACAUGAUGUAGCUGCAAUAUCCAUUAAAGGUCACUUAUCUUUACUCAAUUUCCCUGAAUUAGCCCAUCAAUUUCCUAAACCAGCUUCCAAAUGUGCUAAAGAUAUUCAAACUGCAGCCACGAAGGCUGCAUCUUUGGAUAUUUCUCCAAGAAAUUGCAUGGAAAAACAGAAAACAGAGUCAACAGAAUCAUCUUUGAGGAGUAACAAUGAGGACCCUUUUCUUGAUUUGCCCGAUCUUCUACUGGAUCUUACUCAAAAAUUUGAUCAAUUAUGUUACUAUAAUUCAUCCUGGGAUUUGGCUGGAGCUGAAAGUAGUGACUCUAAUUACUGUGAAUUUUGGCCUGAAGAUCUCCAUAUGUUGGAUUACAACCAUGAAACUUCACCAGCUGCAACAAUGUAA